AUGACAAUUAAAACCACCACGUGUUCGAAGCAUUUGACACUAGCAGGGGAAGUACCAGGAGCACCAGGGCAAGCACCUGUAAAGGUGAUUUACCGUUGCGAUUCUGGUUUCCCAAGUAGCUGUUGCCAUCAAACUGGAUAUCCAGCAUGUCAACCAAAAGUUGAGAUUCCCUGCACGCCCGAAGUGCCACCACCAAGAUGCGGACCUGAACUUCCGGUAUUGAUUCAACCAUUCUGCAAACCUGUUUGCGUUGAUCAUCACCGUUGGCACGGACAUUAUCCCGGUAGACAUUACCAUGAUAGACAUUUGUAUGGAUCUUGCUAUAUGGAUGGCCUAACAGCAUGCUAUCCUCAAAGCGAUUGUGAUUGUGAUGAGGGCUGCAAAAUAGUUCCAGUCAAGGUAGAACAGCCUUGUCCACCAACACCACAACCAUGUCCCACACUUCCAUGUCUUACAACUAAAUUAGACAGAGUUGUUGUGCCAUGUCCAUGUCCACCACAACAUUAUCAUAAACACCAUGAACAUCAUCCUCAUCAUCAUAAUCACGGAUUAUACGAACGUGUUAUUCCUACAUGUUGUGGCCACAUCACUUGUCCAGUGUGUCCCCCAUCUCCAUGUGGCAUCCACCUACUGCCACAUCCAAACUGUGAUUGCAACGUCAGGUAUGUUUCCAAUAUAUCAUUUCCUACAAUUGAAAAUGUUGUAAAUCCAACUGGCCAACCACUUUCCCGUCGUAAAAGGGAAUUGCCAAUUCUUCAAAAUGGAUACAAAUUUAUGAUGAAUAUGUUACCUAAGUUUAUUAAAGAGCCUAUUAUAAAAACGGUCAAUAGUAUGGCUAUGACCCAUCCAGAUCCAAGGCUAAGAAAUAUGUACAAUCUACCUCCUCCAAAAUUAACUCUUAAAGAACAUUUAGCUCAAAAACAUAAAGAAAAUAUGAAUGCUAUAAAAAAUAAAGUUUUUGGUUCAACGACUUUAAAGCAAGUUCCAAAAAAAUACGCUGAUCACAAAAAAAUACCAAAAAAAUAA